UUUUUCCGGAAAGUUUUAAAAACUAGGUUUAUUAAUAUUCUUUACUAUAAAAGCUUGUAUAAUGAAAACUCAAACAUUCCUCAACUCAACAAAAACAAGUUUUUAUUCGCGUUUUUCUCAAUUUGUUCGAAGGCUGUGUUUUAAACGGUGAUCUCUUAAAUAUUUUCAUUUUAAUCUUUAAUAAUCUUUAAUUAACUUUCAUUUUAAGAUGUCAGAGAACGCUCCACCACCACAAUUUAUUGACAAAUGGAAGAUUGUUUGUGUCCUUGGUGAGGGUGCUUUUGGUCAAGUUUAUUGUGUUCACGAGAAGAAUGACAAGAAAAGAACGUAUUUUGCUAUGAAGGUUGAACAAAAGCAGAAAAAUCGUAAUGAUGAAGUUCUCCGAAUGGAGGUUCAAGUUAUGGAGCGUGUCAAUGGAAAAUUUUUCUGUGAUAUAUUCCAUAAAGGACAAACAGAUAAAAUUACGUUUAUUGUGAUUACACUUUUGGGAAAGCCGUUGGACGACAUUCGAAGAGCGCAGCCAACAAGACGUUUCUCCAAACCAACUACAUUGAAAAUUGGGUUGCAAAUGAUAAAAGCCUUUAAGAAGCUUCACUAUGUAGGAUACAUCCAUAGAGACGUUAAACCUGCAAACAUAGCACCAGGCUAUCACCAUUCUAAUAUGCUCUAUUUGUUUGAUUUUGGGCUUUCUCGCUAUAUCUUCAAACCUGACGGUCCAGGUCAUUUGAGACCAGCUAGAAGUAAAGUCCCUUUCCGUGGCACCUACCGUUACUGUUCCAUCAAUGCGCAUAUGUGUAGAGACCAGGGAAGAGUGGAUGAUCUUUGGGGGCUUUUGUACUCUCUCGUCGAACUUUGUGCAGGAACACUUCCUUGGACUGGUAUGAAACAAGUCGAGAGCCUGAGUGUUAAAACGGGGAUUACAGACGAUGAACUUUUCGUGGAUUGUCCUCGUUCCUUCAAAAAGGUCAAGAAGAGGCUCAAUCAAUACAAAUUCGAAGAUCUACCAGACUACGACACCCUUGUAUUGCUGCUUUUUCGUGAAAUUUAUGCUCUUGGAAGAGAAAAGCUUCUGUCUGAGCCAUUUGAAUGGCAAGAUCAUCCGGAUGUUAUGAAUCCGUUCAAGCAGAUAAAGCGUUCCAAAGAGGAAGAGGACGAGGAUACUAUAGGUACAGUCGAGAGUGAGUAUGACAGCGAUUAUGGGGGAGGGGAUGGAACCAAUACAAUAACUGUGGACGAUAACACACUUGAUGACCUUAAUGAUGAAAACUUGAAAGAACAAUCUAAAAUUUGGGAGGAGCAAAAGAAAUUGAAAAAGGCGGCCGCUACAUCUGCGGUUAAAAUUGAAGAGAAGAAAACGAGUAAAGAAGACGUCAAGAUUCAACAAAAGCCACAGGUGGAGCAAAAGCCAUUAGUGAAAGAAGUAAAAGAACAGAAGCCGCCCGCAAAAAUAAAGCCAUUGGUGACGGAACAAAAGUCUCCAGCGAAAGUGCAAAAGCCAUCGGUCAAGGAGAAAAAGCCGCCAGAGAAAGGACAGAAGCUAUCGGUCAAGGAGAAGGAUAAAAAGCCAUCACCAAAAGGACAAAAGCUAUCGGUGAAAGAGAAGGAGAAGAAGCCUUCAGAAACAGGGAAGAAGCUAUCAGUCAAGGAACAAAAAAAUUCACCGAAAGGACAAAAAUCAUCGAUUAAAGGGCAAAAGUCGGCAGUGAACGAGCAAAAGAAUUCAGCAAAAGAUCAAAAGUCGUCGUCGAUUAAAGGACAAAAACCCAAAGUUUUAUUCGAGGGAAAAACCAAAGGAGCGGGAAAAUCAAAGAAAUAA